ACACUUGUUUAGAGAUCGCUAAAUGGGAAUGGAUGGAGCAAACUGUGCUAUUUCACAGAGCUUGAAAGAAUUAGACAUAAGUAACAAUAAUCUCACUGAAUUGCCACUGCAAAUUGGAAAGCUACAGAAUUUAAUAUGCUUAAACGUUUCCCAAAAUUUGUUAACAAAAGUGCCGCAAAUUAUCGGAACUUUACAACAGUUAGCAAGGUUAGAUUUGUCGACAAACCUACUGUCAUAUUUAUCAGGGAGUAUGAGGGGAAUGGAAUUGGACCAUUUAGAUGCUGCAAACAAUCCUUUUAAAAUCAGAAGCGAGGAUGAUCUAUACUCUUUCAAUUUAUCUUUCUCAAAUUAUUCACAAGUGGUGAGCCUUUUGGAUUUAGCAGCUAAAGCAGUGAAAAAACAUAGGAUACCAUAUAAUCAUUUACCAUCUAUAUUGGGCAGAUACUUGGACAGUGACAAAUUUUGCUGUGUAUGCCGGGAUCUUUGCUUUAAUUCUAAUAUAAAGGAGUUCAAGUCAUUAUUACAUGCAUUCCAAGCUUUAAAUAGACUUCCUCUAACUACAGUAUGUCAAAGUAGCACAGUACCGAUAGACAGGCCACUAAUAUUCUCAUGUUACUUUUGUUCAUUAAAGUGCUAUGAUCAUUACCUCAAACUUAGAGAUUAA